AUGAAUCUCGAGUGCACUUACCAGGCACCGCGAGCAACAAAGAAGGACCAGUCUAUGGCAGUAGCUAUCAACGCCAUCCGAAGGCUUGAAUCCAAGAUUGAAGAUCUCACUGCUGCCAUCAAUGCACCCAAGGCUGCAGUCACGUUGCCACUUUCCCCUGCAGGACCCGUCCCGGACCAUCACUCGCCUUAUGCCACUCUUUCUCAGCCCAGCCCUGGCAGCUAUGCUACAGCCGCGCCUUCAAACAGUUUGCAUCGCAACAGGCUGAGCAUACACGACAUUGCAAUGUCCCCACAGGUUGUUGGAACGCCAGCCAAGAGCCCCUUUGCACUCCCAGAAGCACAGGGCGCCGUGGAUCUCUCCUUCAGCCAGCAUCGGGUUGCCUUGUGGCCUGCCGUUCAACAAAUCCUUCCCGAAGUGUUUGUCUCAGCACGCAAAGAGCUUCCCGAAGACUACAUUGUCGAUAUCGAGAACCAUAGACUGCCACUGCCAAUGGGCAUUAGCCAUCCGUACAACACUAGUCCCGACAGUUGGUUGAUGAGUCUCCCGCAAUCGGCGGUAAAAGGUCUCGCAGAUGCCUACUUUGCGGUAUUCCAUCGAAAUACACCUAUACUAGACAAGUACCAUUUCUUCUCAAGCACGUUGGGUAUAGCGAUGGAUAACGAAUUCGGUUAUGAAAUCGAGACGGCGUUGGUACUUGUUGUACUAGCGUUGGGAUGCUUAGCCAUCAAGGCGCAUGAAGAAGGCAACUUUAGUCUUCCUUCUCGGCACUCUGCGACUGGGCGAGGCUUUGUUCCUCCCGAGUGGUACGAGCUUAUUGUUGACGAACCUCCUGGCCUCAAGUUCUUCAAUGAAGCCCGGAAGCGCUUUGGGUUUCUCAUGUGCCAGACGGAUCUGCAGGCUGGCCAGUUUUACAUGCUAUCGACGCUUUACUACGCCCAAAUCCUGCGACCCUUGGAUUCCUGGACUACGGUGAACAGAGCUGCCCUGUGUUGUGCGAGCAUUCUCAAACGCACGUCAACGAUCGAUUAUGAGACGUGGGAGGGGGAUAUGCUCUCGAGGCUCUUCUGGUGCACCCUGAUGUACGAGACAGUGAUUACACAGGAGCUGGAUCUACUGCCUCAUAGUGGGCUGUUGGACUACGAGUCAGACAUAGCUUUGCCAAAGUUUACACAAUGUCCACGGCCUAAGACGUUGAUUUCAGGACUACUCAGCGACGAAGAUGAUUCUCUGUUCAACUUCCAUUUCCUUGCCCAAGCCGCGCAUCGCAUCAUUCUCACUCGGGUGAAGCAGAGUCUGUAUACGUUUGCGGAGAAGGAAGGCUACCCCAGUGCCAGUCUGACAGCAGAAAUGCAUCACCAACUCGAGCAAUGGCGAGAAAAUCUUCCACCAACACUUCAGUUCUCUGAUAGUGACGAUUCGAGCGACUCGGUCAGCCCUGCGCAUGUUAUUGCAAAGGCCAUGCUGCGCAGUCGCUACCUGGUUGCCAAGUUGCACAUUGGACGGCCUUUUCUCUACAAAGCACUGCAUGCGCCUGCAUAUACCAACGAGUCCGAGUAUGACGAAGUGCGCAAGGGCCUUCGAGGUGGCAUGUAUUGGCCGACAACCAUGGGCCUGUGUACACAGAUGCUAACGGCUCUGCCUAUAAAGUUUGGGUGGUGCUGCCAAUGUUUUGGGCAGGUUCUGCUGUUCCACGCCGUAGCGCUGUCUCCCGACGCCAAGUUGCGAGACACGUUACCUGAGGGAUGGCGAGAAUGGGUAGGGAUCAUGAUGGCAUUGAUUCAGAGCUGUGCAAAGAGCAGUCCCGGUAUCGCAAAGGACUAUGAAUUGUUGCGCUUGCUGGACGGAUGA